AUGAGAGGAGGAGAGGCACCGCCGGGGAUAAGGCUGCUGAGGAGCCUGAGGAGGAGUUUCAGGCCCGGGGACGGCGGCGAGCAGGAGACGAGACGACGGCGCAGGGCCUUCAAGUACCUGGUUCUGAUUCUCACCUUCAUAGCCUACGCCUGCUACCACGCCUCCCGCAAGCCCACCAGCAUCGUCAAGAGCGUCCUCGAUCCCGAUCCGCCGCCGGCUGCUUCCGGCAGACUCCUCCCGUGGCCCGCCGGCGAGAUCUUCCUCCGCCGGAGCGCCGAUGAACUCCACAGGAAGAAGGAGGGCUGGCCGCCGUUCGACGGCGACGACGGGACGGUGAAACUCGGCGAGAUCGACCUCGCCUUCCUCGUCUUCUAUUCGCUGGGGAUGUACCUCGCCGGCCACCUCGGGGACAGCCUCGAUCUGCGCCUCUUCCUCGCGGCGGGGAUGAUCGCCAGCGGCUGCUUCGUCGCCCUCUUCGGCAUGGGAUUCUUCUGGAGCAUCCACAAUUUAGGGUUCUACAUCGCGAUGCAGGUCCUCGCCGGCCUCUUCCAGGCCACUGGAUGGCCAUCUGUCGUGGCCGUGGUGGGGAACUGGUUUGGGAAGCGGAAGAGAGGUCUGAUCAUGGGGAUCUGGAACGCCCACACCUCCGUGGGAAACAUCAGCGGCUCCCUCCUCGCAGCUUCCGUGCUCGAUCAUGGCUGGGGAUGGUCCUUCCUCCUUCCCGGCGGCCUCAUCGCCACUGGCGGCGCCAUGGUUUAUCUCUUCCUCCCCGCUUACCCCGAGGACGUAGGGCUGCCGAGUCCCCAUGGCCUGAGCAAGCAAGCUGAGGCAGUGGCCAAGGAAGAGGAGGCGCCGCCGCCACCGCUGCCGGCGGCGAAACUUCCCGGGGGUUCGAACAGGGGCAACGCUGUUGGGAUUGUCGCCGCCUGUAAGAUCCCUGGCGUCGUCCCAUUCGCUAUGUGCCUCUUCUUCUCGAAGCUUGUGGCCUACACCUUCCUCUACUGGCUGCCCUUCUACCUCAGCCAGACUGGUACGCCAUUCAUCUCCCUUGCUCUCUUUCUUCUUCUUUGAUGACUGCAGUUCCAUGUAUGAUCCUGCUUAACUCAUUUAUUCUGGUACAUUCAUGGCUUCUUCAGUGUUCCUGUUGUGAUCGGAAGAACUGAAAUCAUUGAUGAUUAGGCGGAUUGAUUAUUGAUUAUGUUUGUUGAGUGGGUAGAGCCAGACUUUUCUGUCUCGCAUCCAAAAGUCUCCAGUCUGUUGAGUCUCUUGGUGAAUUAUAAUUGCCGACGAACUUUCAUGCUUAUUGAUGGAGACAGUUUCAUACACAUUUAGAACGGAAGAUUCCCAUUUCAGACUCUGUUCUAUCUUUCUGAAAAAAAAAUCUCCCGAUUUUCUGUCUCAUAUUUAGAACGGGAGUAUCCAGUCUGUUGAGUUUCUUAGUGAAGUACGUUCAGGUGAUCAAUUUGAUGACGAACUUUCAUGGUCAUUGAUGAAGAGAGUUCCAUACAUAUUUAGAACAGGAGAGUUUCUGUCUGAAAGUUUUCUCCAAAUUUUCAGCGAGUUUCUAUUUAGAAAAUUUUCAUCUGUAGAGUUUCUAUUUAGAAUGAUAUAUUUACCCUGUUCAAAAAAUCUCAGAUCUUCUGUCCUGCAUCCAAAAUGUCUCCAAAGCUUCUCUGUAAGCUUAUGUUCAGGGUGAUCAACAAUAGUCACUGACGAUAUUAUUUUCUACAGAUACAUUUACUUAAGAUUCUGUUCUAUCCAUUUAAAACCUUUUUUCUCCAGAUUUUCAACGUUGGGAUCCAUCUUGAUGGACUCUAUCCUUCAAAAAAUCAAACCGUGGACUUUUUGCAGACAAAGCGUUGAAGUUUUUCAAAAAAAAUCUCUCUUGCAUCCAAAAGUUUCCAAUCCGUUGACUUUUUCAUCCAAUAGCCUCUGACGAGCUUACUUUCUGUAUAGAUGCACUUAGUUUUGAUGAUUCUGUUCCAUCUAUCUGAAAAAAAAAAUAUCCACAUUCUGUUCAACGUUGAGACACAUCUUUGUUGACCCUGUGGUUCAAAACAAAACAAAAAAAUCAAAUCGUUGACCUUUUUUGCAGCCAUCGGGGGCGAAUACAUGUCGGUCAAAUCCGCGGGGAAUCUCUCGACUCUGUUUGACGUGGGGGGGAUCGCCGGAGGGGUCCUCGCCGGCUACAUCUCCGACCGGCUGCGGGCGCGGGCCACCACCGCCGCCAGCUUCAUGUACCUGGCGAUCCCCUCCCUCUUCGCCUACCGCCACUACGGGGGCUCCUCCAAGGCUGCCAACGUGGCGCUUAUGAUGGUCAGCGGGCUGUUCGUCAACGGGCCGUACGCCUUGAUUACGACGGCGGUCUCCGCUGAUCUGGGAACCCACAGCUCCCUCAGGGGGAACUCGCGGGCCCUGGCCACGGUCGCCGCCAUCAUCGACGGCACGGGCUCCGCCGGCGCCGCCAUUGGCCCCCUGUUGACCGGCGUCCUCUCGAGAACCGGGUGGGGCCCGGUCUUCCUCAUGCUGAUGGUCGGCGCCUUCGUCGCCGGCGCCUUACUCUCCUUCCUGGUCAAAGCGGAGAUCAUGGAAAUCCUCCGCCGCCGCCGCUGGAAGCCGCCGCCGGCCGGCGAUCCUGAAGGUGAAGGUAAGAGUAAACCCACUAACAAGAAGAGCUCUUUCCGAUUUUUUUGGAUAUGA